GCUUUCGCUUCCCCUAUCCACCAACCAAACACAUCCUUCUCACCCACAAGCUCACAAUUGCAAGCAUGCGUAUCGCCGAAGUCAAGAACUCAAGAGAGCAGCGCAUCGCUGCUCAUUCACACAUCAAAGGACUUGGGUUGAGAGAUGAUGGAUACGCCGAACCGAUUGCUUCAGGAUUCGUUGGACAGGAGCAGGCUCGUGAGGCAUGUGGUAUUGUCGUGGACUUGAUCAAAUCAAAAAAGAUGUCUGGGCGUGCAUUGCUCUUUGCUGGCGCCCCUGGGACAGGAAAGACAGCGAUCGCAUUGGCCAUCUCACAAGAACUGGGACCCAAAGUUCCAUUCUGCCCUAUGGUUGGAAGCGAAGUUUUCUCGAGCGAAAUUAAAAAGACUGAAGUGCUGAUGGAGAACUUUCGCAGAGCCAUUGGAUUGAGAAUCAAGGAGACCAAGGAAGUUUAUGAGGGGGAGAUUACAGAAUUGACACCAGAGGAAACAGAGAACCCGUUGGGAGGCUAUGGCAAGACCAUCUCGCACGUCUUGAUUGGCCUGAAGACUGUCAAGGGCACAAAGCAACUGAAGUUGGACCCUUCUAUUUACGAGAGCAUUCAGAAGGAGAAGGUCACUGUUGGAGAUGUCGUAUAUAUCGAGGCCAACACUGGAGCCGUUAAGAGGGUCGGUCGUUCGGAUGCGUACGCUACAGAGUUCGAUUUGGAAGCCGAGGAAUACGUGCCAUUGCCCAAAGGAGAGGUCCAUAAAAAGAAGGAGCUGAUUCAGGAUGUCACCCUGCAUGAUUUGGAUGUUGCUAACGCCCGACCCCAGGGUGGCCAGGAUGUCAUGUCGAUGAUGGGACAAUUCAUGAAGCCAAAGAAGACAGAAAUCACGGAUAAGCUGCGCAAGGAGAUCAACAAAGUCGUUAACAAGUAUAUUGAUCAGGGCAUUGCAGAACUCGUUCCCGGAGUAUUAUUUAUCGACGAGGUUCACAUGCUAGAUAUCGAGUGCUUCACGUACCUCAACCGCGCUCUCGAAUCAACACUCUCGCCCAUUGUCGUUUUUGCCACCAAUCGCGGCAUGUGCUCCAUUCGCGGUACAGAGGAUAUUGCAUCACCCCACGGAAUCCCUGUCGACCUUUUGGAUCGCCUGCUUAUCAUUCGCACUCUUCCCUACACACUGGAGGAGAUUCGUGUCAUCAUCACCAUCCGUGCCAAGACAGAAGGGUUGACCGUGCAGGAUGAGGCUACAAACUACUUGGCGGAUGUCGGUCUCAAGACCAGUCUCCGUUACGCUAUCCAGCUUUUGGCCCCCGCUAACGUCAUGGCCAAGAUCAACGGGCGCGACGAUAUCUUCAAGGGUGAUGUUGAGGAGGCCGGAGACUUGUUCUUGGACUCGAAGCGCAGCGCAAAGAUUGUCACGGAGGAGAACCACGGUUUCAUCGUCUAAGGAGAAACAUAUAAUGAUGAUGACGGACGUGCGGGGCCUAUGGACAGCCCAGCAUAAUGCAAAUAAAAAGUUCUUCAAGCAC